GGGAGCGGCGGAUGUUAGCGGGCCGGGAGGUGGCGGCGUUGCCACAGCAGCGGCGGCGGAGCGGGGCUGGGUUGGGCGCUGGCGGUCGGGACGCGCCAUGGAGGGGCUGGAAGGUGAGGGGCAGCGGCAGGGGGCGGCCAGGAAGGCCCCAGCCCUCCGGCGGGAUAGCGGGGAUCGCUCGGGGUGAGGUUGCAGUGCAAACUGGAGAUCUGUUGCCAUGUAGGAUUUGUGGAAGGACUUUCUUUCCAGCAGCACUGAAGAAGCAUGGACCCAUUUGCCAAAAAACUUCUGCCAAGAAAAGGAAGACAUUCGAUUCCAGCCGACAGAGAGCAGAAGGAACUGACAUUCCCACAGUAAAACCUCUUAAGCCACGGCCAGAACCCCCCAAAAAGCCAUCCAAUUGGAGACGAAAGCAUGAAGAAUUCAUAGCAACUAUACGAGCAGCCAAAGGACUUAAUCUUAAAGAUGGUGGAAAACUCCCUCCACCGCCUCCUCCAUCAUAUGACCCUGAUUACAUUCAAUGUCCAUAUUGUCAGAGGAGAUUUAAUGAAAAUGCAGCUGACAGGCACAUCAAUUUCUGUAAAGAACAAGCAGCACGUAUUACCAAUAAGGGGAAACUGGCAGCUGAUACCAAAGGGAAGGUUCCUACUCGAACACAGUACAAGCCUGCUGCAGUUAAGAAGAUGCCUUCUGCAGUGUCAGCACCACCACCAUCAUCAUCAUCACGUCUACCGCAGCCAAGUGGUGUUAGCAAAGCAGUUGUAGGUAUGAAAUGUUCCUCUUCAAGCAAAGCACUGUCUUCAUCUGGAUCCAGUGGCAGCAAAAUUCAGUCAUUAUCGCCGGCUCAUAAAAACUCAUUGGGAAUGGUGAACCCACAAGCAGGUAGUAAGAUGGACAAGUUAGGCCCACCACUGCGAACUGGAAGAGAUGUGCAAAGGUUUUAUGACACUGAUACAAAAACAGACAGUACCAUCAAAAGACCAAAUGAAUUGUUGCCUAUCAAGAAAGGUCCGACAAAAACACGGAUGUCAACCCCUCCUAGUGUGGCAAGAACUAUGAGCACGGGUGCUCUAUCAAACAAAAGAAAAACCAGUAAUUCAGACAGUUACUCAAGGUCUGAUGGUAAAACUGGGAAUGACACUGCUGACUACCUAUCCUCAGUCAACGGAGGAAGUUCAAAAAACAGUGAAGGAAAUUCAUCUGUACAGUUAUCUAAAUUUUGCCAUGAAUGUGGUACAAGGUAUCCAGUGGAAUGGGCAAAGUUCUGCUGUGAGUGUGGAAUUCGAAGAAUGGUUGUGUGAAUGCAUUCUUAAAAGCAAAGAGAAAAGGAGAUCUUGAAAGCAUCUGCUAUAUGCUGCUGCAUGGAAAGCUAAACACUCCUUCAAGUUAGGCUUCAUGCUGCAAACAUGUUGAAACAUUAUAAUUUUCUGAGUGCAAUCUGCUGGUUACAUAGUAAUUUAUAUAUAAAUAUGUAUACUGUAUAUAAAAGUAACAGGUACCUAAAACUGUGCCAUGCAAGGAAAUACUCUUUAAUCUCAGUUGGAAAUAUUUUAAAUUAGGGUAAAAAUGUGUUAAGUAACUUAAGUAAUGGAAGUGGUUCAGUGUUACUUUUCUUAUAUAAUUCUAUAGAAUUUAUUUAAGUCACUCACCCAUAGGGAACUAGCCAUGAAGAACUUCUGCGUCAAAAGUUUCUCUGUGGAGGCAUUUCCUUCAUAUGUGAUAGUAACUAGAUACUAUCUAUGUUGUAAGUGAAAACAACAUGAGCAACACCCUGUAAAUUCCUUGUUAGGAGUGCAGAAAGGCUGGAGCCCUGUAAUCUCUUUACUGUAAUACCUUAACUGAACUGACUAGUUACUUGCAGGAUUUUUUAAUGAUUCAAAUAGGAAAAAGUCUGUAAAUUCCAUUCACAUCUAAGAAAAUCAAAAGUUGUGGUUGUUGCUCUGCCCAUUCUGUUUUUGAAUAAGAACUUGUUAAUAUUUUAUGUAUUUAUAAAGACAAACGUGAUAUUUUAAUCAGUUACUUUUGUUCAUAAAUACUUGUCUUCCUCUCCCUGUGCUCUCCAGAAUGGCUAGCAUAUGUAAAAGCUUUUCACUUUUGUCCUUAGAGGUUUGCAGAGGUCCUAUUUUUCUCUUCCCUUGUCUCCUGAAGGAGAAUCUAUUGUAACUGUACCUAAAUGUUAGACUUAUUUUUUAAAAACAACCUUCUUUGUGUCCAAUACAGAAAGAGUUCCAUAAAAAUGAAUACUAUUAGAAAAGUAGAAAUUAAGUAGUUACUGUUUUUUAUACUUAUUCCUGUGCAAAUAGCAGGUCCAGAGUUUGUAUGUUUACAGCUCUACACGUGUUUUUGUGGUGGAUUUUCUUCUGUUUGUUUUUUUUUUUUUUCCUCCCAUCCCCAGUUCUUGGUAUUCAUGGGCUCUGAACAGCAACCUCAUUUGUAACAGUCUUCAUGUGAUUUUGUUGGUAUGAAGUGUCAGGACCUGUAAGCUGUUCCUUUUUUGGUGGUUGUUUUGGGUUUUUUUGUUUAUUUUUAAGCAAUACAAUCUACUAAAACCAUUCACAAGCUGUAUCACUUGUGUCUGAAUGUAGUGAUUUGUUCUGUAAAGUUUUAUUUUGAAGUACUGCUACUGUCUUAUUGGAAGAACAAUCUGAAAGGACUUAAUUGUGCCUUUACCACAGUACUUUUUUUUUUGUAAAAAAAAAUGGUUACUUUCAGUUCACAAACAUUAUUAGAACCAAUUUAUAUAGUUUCUUUUUUAGCUUGUGUAAAAUAUACUUCAGUGUUGCACUACAGUAACUUAAUCAUUGAACACAUUUUCAAAACUUGUGAUUAACAUCAGUGGGGCCAAUUGUGAGUAAACAAGAAUGAAGAAAUUUAUCUACAAAUCAGGUUCUACUCUUGGACGGUAAGAGGUUUAAGAGGCUUGAUGUAGUCAUCUUCCAGGCCAGAAACUAUUGAUAUUUUAGAAUUACUUCAAUGAUAUGAAAUUGUCUUACACUUAGUAUAAAAAAUUAUUUCUAGAAAUUAUUCUUUCACCUAGUGUAGUCUUGUAAAUAGUUUAUAUAAGCUGGCUAUGGAGCAUGAUAGGAUGAAUAACCAUUAAUGAGAGACCUGACAAAUUUUAGCCAAAGUAUAUUCUGAUUAGUUUAGGUCGUAGGAUCCAUAUUUUGGCACAUUCAUAUCUGUACUUAGAAAAAAUUGGAAUCCUGCAUCUUUAGCACAGAUAAGCCUGCUUUAGAGAAUUUCUCCUGGACUUGGGCCUUGGAGUUCUACAGUUGAUGGAGGCUAGGAGCGUUCAUCAGAAAAUAUGCAAAUCCAAAGUCAGUUUGAUUGGUUAGUGAAUCUAUAAGAUAAUCAAUUCCUUUAUCUGACUUGAUGAAUUUCCAUUUCUUGUUUCUGCUGGAAGUAUGCAUUUUACCACCUAUUGAAAACACAAUCUACAGGGAGAAAAAUUUUUAAGGAAAUAAAUGUAUUCUAGGUUUUCAAGGACUGGUGAAGCUAUUGAAAAAUAUAUUGACUUUUUCUCCCUUGAACUGCAAGUGGUACAUUUCCUAAUUUUAAAAUCAAUUCACAUAAAAUGACAGUUCCUGCUUUUUGAGUUGUGUAACUCUGCUUCCAGAGCUGCAUAUAAUAAAGUGAGAGACACAUGGUUUACUUUAUUUAUGCUUCUGUGAUCUAUAGCAAGAACCUGAACUGAAAGAAAAAAAAAUUUAAGGAUUUCCUGAACUUCUAAUUUGUCCUUACAAGAAUGUCUACUGAAGUAUAAAUGACUAUCAGUAGUAACAUUUUAUGAUAUGUAUGUUUGAAUAUACAAUAAAGAUAAGCAGGCAAUGAAAAUGUAAAUGAUUAUGCUGUUUAUUAUGGUAUAGUGAGACUAUCAGUAACGUAGUAUGUAUCUACUUUAUGAGCUGUUGUUUUUUUUUUUUGCGGAGUCACAUGUUUCUGAAGUCUUUGGUGUUGCUGACAGUAGACAGUAUUACAUGCAUGAUCAGAACAGAUCACUGUAAUUCCAUCUAAAUGCUUGCCAAUAGAUUUGUUCUGCAGAACUGAAUAUGGAAAUGAAUUGACUAUAUUAUUUAAGGAAAAAAAAUGAACUGUAAGGGAGAUAAGUAAAGACUGAUAUUCAGGUAUAUUGCACGUGUCAAGAAAUAUCUGAAUUCAGUUUAACAAGACCUAGGUUCAAACCCUCUCUGCCCUACUCCUCCCCUGCCUUUAUGUCUUGGUUCUUCAUGGGAGGAGAAAACAUCAAUACAUAUCCUGAAAGGGCAGAGUUCCUGAAUGCUUCAAGAAUCAAAUUUUUUUAUAAUUGUAAACAUAAAAUAUCUAGAUGAACUAUGCACCCAGAUGCACUGCAUUGCUAAGUCUAAACUUAGUUAGUGUCAUCCUCUGGAUGACCUGUUGACAGAUACUUAAGUUAAAAGCCUAAAUUCCUUAUACUAAAUGUAUAAAUUUGGGAUGAUAUGAUUACUUUAUCUGUCUUUUGGUUGUGUAUUUGUGUAUGCACAUAUGUAUUGUGUAAGAACUCUAAUCUUGCAAAUAUAACAAGUUUUCCACUGAAGCAGAGUUGAUACAAAACAAUACUGAACACUACUGCAGGAUUGUGAAGCCCCAAACAGAUAAUUGGUACACCUGCUAUAUACAGAAAGUGAAAUUUAUUGAUGUGAUUUUAUUGCUACCUAUGUCUGACCCUGUGACAGACUUUCUUUUAGCAUCUGCCACUAUAUGUUCCUGAAGUGCUUGCUAAGACAUGAAUAAAAUUCAACUAAUGAGAAAAGAAGGGAAAAAAUGGUAAAAUCCCAUGUAGAGAAACAAGAAUGUUGUUUCUGAGGUCCUGACUAAGCAUGUUUAUGUUCACAUUUUGUUUUUGUGAGUAUUUGAUUUGAUUUAUAAAGGAUGUGUGUGUAACAAAAAGGAGUUGUAGGAACUGAAACUGUACUGAUGCAAGGGCAGUGGAAUUUUGAAAUAUACUGGCUUCAGAGGUGAAAGCAGGGCAGCGUAAGGCCUAAUCUUUAUAUGAUUUCCCUUUGACAAGUUUGUAUUUAUGCAUGGUAUUGAUUCCAGUUCUGAAAGAAACUGUCUAGGGUAUAUCUAUACUCACAGCAACUUAAGUGUAUGGUUAGAUAGUUAUAGAUAGGUAUAUCCUCAGUGUACACCACUACAGAAAAGUGUGCAGUAGGAGGCAGAGCAAGCUUUAGUACCCUUUCAAAUAGUAACUGUUAAUGUCUAGGCAGAGUUUUUCAGAUUUGCCAAAGACAUUUGAACAGCCACCAGCCUCCCUCAGGUGGAUUUGAAAAGCUUAACCUGAAAGAUUGCACGGUUAGGGAGCUCUCCAUGGUGCUCCUGGCGCCAAGCCUCUCCCUGCAGUGUGCCUGGCAGUGUCUGUGUGAGCUCUUCCAUGUAGCAGGUAGCAAGGUACGCAGGGUAGUAACUCCAAAAUGUCUUUUAAGACCUGAGUUAAACUUCACCCAUUGUGGAAGUUCUGUCGUUCAAGUGAGACUAGGUCCUAAUUCACAGUUGCAGUUAAGAGUUAGUUUCUGAAAUGCAAUGUGUGAAGAGAAUGGUUCCAUGAUGCAUGCUUACCAAGUCCAUGAGGGAAGGUAUGGUUGCAGUAAUUGAAAUGCUAACAAACAAGGCAUUUAGCAGCGCACACUGAUGUAGGCUAUGUAAUGGCAUUGUCAGUGUCUUACAAAGUUCUCAAGAAGUACUGGUUUUCAACAUGUAGCUUUUGUAUCUGUGCAAUGAACAAACUUUUUAUAAGUUUUCUUAAAUCUUGACUAAAAAAUGUGUGUUUCGUAAGAGCAUUUGUUGCAACUGCACUUCUUUCAGUUUGACAAAGCUAUGAGUAAGUGUUUGGGUUGUAUGAGACAGUGGAAAUAUUGUCUUUGAAGUUGUUUUUGGUGACUGGUGAAAAUAUUUUCAUUGACUUUAAAGAAACACAGCUCAUUCCAACUUGUGAUGAUUGUGUUGCUGGGUAAAGCUUUGAGUUACUUUUUUUGUGUCAUUGAAAGAAAUGCUCAGUAAGAGAUUCUUAGCUGUAUUCAGCAUUUACUUGGUUUAGAUGCUGUCUUUCAAGCAUUCACAAUAUAAAGGAUUAAUCUUGCGUAUUAGUGGGUUUUGUUUUGUUCAUUAUCUCCUUCUCUUUUUAAUGUAUGUUUUUCCAGAAUACCCUAUUCUGCUUAGCCCCAUUUCGUGUUGGCAGAAAACAGCUCACUUAUAUUUUCUUUUAAGUAAUUAGUGUUUUUUUUUUAAUAAAUCAUUUUCCUCCAAUACAAACAGCAACUUCUGAGACAGCAAAUCAAAUACUCCAUUUAAUAUUGUUGAACAGUGAGCAUAAGGUCUAAAUGUUGUUUUCCAUUGUUCUUGUAUUUGAAUUUCUGGUAGAGAUGCAGAUGGAUUUGGGUCUGUUCUUGUAAAAUGCUAAGUAUUCCAUGGCUGUUACAAUACCUACUUUAUAUGAUUGCUUUAACUCUCUUGGUGUUCAUCCUUCAUAUGAUACUUAAUAUGUAUCUUCAUAAGUUUAUUUAUUGAUGUUCCAUGUUUUUAAAUGAAAUGUUCAUUCAUGUAUUUAACAUGAUUAAUUUUGUCAGCACUGCAUUUAUUAUGUUUGCCUUGCCCUUCGGUAUAGUUAAUAUUUGUUUAUGACUAUCCAAUGUUUUGUGGCAGUGUUGUUGUUUUUUUUUUUUGCUUUCUUUUUUUUGCAGAAUGCCUGGGUUUGUGUUUUAUUUGAUAUAUUAAUAUUAUUUUAAAGCCUCAGUUCUGUUUUCAUCAAUAAAUGUAAAUCACCCCCUGAUGCUAAUUUGCCACUUGUUAACAAUAAAGUGAAUAUGCCAAUAAAACUUCUUGAAAUGCA